AUGUUUAAAACUAUUAUCCGUCGCUGUUUCUCUUCUUCCUCGGUGGCUGGGAAACACAAAACAAAAUUGGGUAUUUUGGGUGUACCAUUUUCCAAAGGCCAAACCAAAGGUGGUGUGGAAGAGGCUCCAGAUUUUCUACGGCAAAAUGGUUUGUUGGCCAUGCUACAGGAAACUUCAAGAGGAAAUUUAUCGAUUACCGAUUAUGGCAAUUUAAAUUAUGAACUUAUGGAUGAGAUGAAAACUCCGCCACACUAUAAAAAUAUGAAAAAUUAUAAUACCUUUAUGAGCUGUAAUAAAACGUUGAUUGGCAAAAUCCCGGAAAUCCUCAAGGAACAGGAUCAAUUCCUGUGUUUGGGUGGUGAUCAUGCCAUUGGUUUUGGUUCUGUGGCCGGCCAUUUAAUACACAGUCCAAACUUGUCCUUAGUCUGGAUAGAUGCCCACGCCGAUAUAAAUCUGCAUUCGACCAGCAGCUCUGGCAAUAUUCAUGGUAUGCCCGUGUCAUUUUUGCUAGAAGAAUUGAGAGACUUUUGGAAACAUGCCCAUUUGGAUGAUAUAUCACCAAAUUGCUUGCGUGCCGAUCAGUUGGUUUACAUUGGUCUAAGGGACAUUGACCCUUAUGAAGCCUACAUUCUAAAUAAAUUGGGUAUACGAGCAUAUGCCAUGGAUUCCAUUGAUAAAUAUGGCAUCUCGAAAAUUAUGGAAAUGACUCUGGACUCAUUGGAUGUUAAGAAUAAAAUACACAUUAGUUUCGACAUCGAUGCUUUGGAUAGUAGAAUUGCGCCCAGUACAGGGACAGCUGUUUAUGGUGGUCUCUCGUUGCGUGAAGGCAUAUAUAUUGUUGAAACGUUGAGUGAAACAAAACGGGUACAAGGUUUCGAUUUGGUUGAGGUAAAUCCUAGCCUGGGAACACCGACUGAUGUUGCUACCACACUAACGGCUUCAAUGGAAAUUCUAAAAACCGCUUGUGGGGGUUAUCGUCGUUGUGGCACAUAUCAUGAUAUCGAUGAGAAUUUAUUGAAAAACGGAGGA